AGAUCUUUCUGUCUUGACCUAGGUGGUAGUUACUCAGGUGUAGACAUAUGUAAAAAUGUGGCUACCUGUAGACUCAAGAUGUGCGCAUCUCACUGCAUGUGUUACUCUUUAAAAGUUUUCAAAAAUCUCCUUCAAGGCUCUGCUCAAAUGCCACCAUUUUCCUGAACCCACCCUGGGAUGCAAUUACCUGCUGCUUUUGCACUGUGUUUCUGUUAUAUUUCUACUUGUACUGUCGCUGUGUCUCGCCUGUUUUCCUAUAAGCACUCUAAGAUGUAGACCAUGGUUUGUUGAUUUUUUUUUUAAUUACCCAAGGGGCACUGACUACCUAAUGCCGAAUAAGUAAGCAUGGCUGAAUGGAAUCCCUGGGUGUGGUUGACCCUCUCUGGGCUGGCUGCAGGAUGGCUGAUCAUUUGAUUCUGUUUUUCAGUCCCAUUCCAGUUGUUGGCAAAGGAGAGGAAGAGGAUGAGGAAGAUGGCAUGGGGCUUUGUCUGCCGGCCACCCUGAAGAACUGCCUUCCUCACCGCCGGGGCAUCAGCAUCCUGGAGAAGCUCAUCAAAACAUGCCCCGUGUGGCUGCAGCUGAGUCUGGGCCAGGCAGAGGUGGCCAGGAUCCUGCACCGGGAGGCGGCCGGGAUGUUUCUGGUCCGCCGGGACAGCAGCUCAAAACACCUGGUACUCUGUGUCCACUUUCCUUCCCUGAACGAGAGCUCGGCCGAGGUGCUCGAAUACACCAUUAAGGAAGAAAAGUCGAUAUCGUACCUGGAAGGCUCCGUUCUUGUGUUUGAGGACAUCUUCAGACUGAUUGCGUUCUACUGUGUCAGUAGAGACUUACUGCCCUUCACGCUGCGGCUGCCCCAGGCCAUCCUUGAGGCCAGCAGCUACACGGACCUUGAGACCAUCGCCAACCUGGGUCUGGGCUUCUGGGACUCCUCGCUGAAUCCUCCACGAGAAAGAGAGAAGCCAGGAGAGCCCCUAAAAGACCGCGCCCCCGGAUCGCCCCCAGUCUCCAGCCUCAGGCCCACAGCCCGUGACGCAAACUGUGCCUGUGAAAUCGAGCUGGCGAUAGGAAAUGACCGCUUGUGGUUUGUGAAUCCCAUUUUCAUCGAGGACUACAGCGGUGCCCUGCCCACUGACCAGCCACCUCUUGGAAACUGCCCUGCACACCCCUUGCCACCCACCUCUGAUGCUACCUCGCCCACCUCCAGGUGGGCCCCACGCCGCCCGCCGCCCCCUCCCCCAGUGCUGCCCCUGCAGCCCUCCAGCCCAGCCCAGCCCCCUCUGCUUCCUGCUCCUGCCCCCACCCCUGCCUGUCCUUUGCCCAGCUCUUCCCCCGUGCCUGCCCCCCACGUCACACCCCAUGCCCCAGGUCCCCCAGAUCAUCAGAGCCAGCCGCCCAUGACAGCCUGCGAGAGACUCCCACGCCCCACCGCAGGCCUGGGCCGCCUCAGGGAGGAAGCCAUGAAGCCAGGGACAGCCUCCAGCCCCUUGCAGCAAGCCCCUGCCCCACCACUGCCAGCAAAGAAGAACCUUCCCACUGCCCCUCCCAGACGACGCAUUUCUGAGAGGGUGUCCUCAGAAGACCAAAGUGCAGGGAUGGCGGCAGAGGGGGACCAGCUCAGCCUGCCUCCCCAAGGGACCUCAGACAGCCGUGAGGACACGCUCCAGGGGAGCACAGAGCAAGGCCAGGAAACAGAGGUGAAAGCCAGAGAUCCUGACAGCAUGCCGGAGCUACCCAGGAAGGCCAAACAACCCCCAGUCCCACCGCCCAGGAAAAAAAGGAUCUCUCGACAACUGGCCUCAGCCCUCCCUGCUCCCUUAGAGAGCGCCGAGCUCUGCACACAGGAGAUGGCUUUGGAGACACCCAUGCCGGGUAUACCCAGAGAUGGCCAAAGCCCUGCACCCCAGGCUGGGACUCAGCAACCCCAUGUCCCGGCUGCCGCCCAUGCCCAGAGCUCUCCAGAGUUCAAGGGCUCCCUGGCCUCCCUCUCGGACAGCUUGGGGUUGCCUGCCACGGCCGCUGACCAGGACUCCUACUCGACCAGCAGCACGGAGGAGGAGCUGGAGCAGUUCAGCAGCCCCAGCGUGAAGAAGAAGCCCUCCAUGAUCCUGGGAAAGGCGCGGCACCGGCUGAGCUUCGCCAGUUUCAGCAGCAUGUUCCACGCUUUCCUCUCCAAUAACCGCAAGCUGUACAAAAAGGUGGUAGAGCUGGCGCAGGACAAGGCCUCGUACUUUGGCAGCCUGGUGCAGGACUACAAGGUGUACAGCCUGGAGAUGAUGGCGCGCCAGGCCUCCAGCACGGAGAUGCUGCAGGAGAUCCGCACCAUGAUGACCCAGCUCAAGAGCUACCUGCUGCAGAGCACCGAGCUCAAGGUCCUGGUGGACCCUGCCCUGCACUCUGAGGAGGAGCUCGAAGCAACUGUAGAGUCUGCCUUGUACAAAUGUGUCCUGAAGCCCCUGAAGGAAGCCAUCAACUCAUGCCUGCAUGAGAUCCACAGCAAGGACGGUUCGCUGCAGCAGCUCAAGGAGAACCAGCUAGUGAUCCUGGCCACCACCACCACCGACCUAGGUGUGACCACCAGCGUGCCGGAGGUGCCCGUCAUGGAGAAGAUCCUGCAGAAGUUCGCCAGCAUGCACAAGGCCUACUCGCCCGAGAAGAAGAUCUCCAUCCUGCUUAAGACCUGCAAACUCAUCUACGACUCCAUGGCCCUCGGCAACCCAGGGAAGCCCUAUGGGGCGGAUGACUUCCUGCCUGUGCUCAUGUAUGUGCUAGCCCGCAGCAACCUCACGGAGAUGCUUCUCAAUGUGGAGUACAUGAUGGAACUCAUGGACCCCGCCCUGCAGCUGGGGGAGGGUUCCUACUACCUGACCACCACCUACGGGGCCCUGGAGCACAUCAAGAACUACGACAAGAUCACGGUGACCCGGCAGCUGAGCAUGGAGGUGCAGGACUCCAUCCACCGCUGGGAGCGCCGGCGCACGCUCAACAAGGCCCGGGCCUCCCGCUCCUCCGUGCAGGACUUCAUCUGCGUGUCGUACCUGGAGCCUGAGCAGCAGGCGCGAACGCUGGCGUCGCGGGCGGACACCCCGGCCCAGGCGUUGUGCGCGCAGUGCGCGGAGAAGUUCGCGGUGGCGCGGCCGCAGGCGCACCGGCUGUUCGUGCUGGUGGACGGGCGCUGCUUCCAGCUGGCGGACGACGCGCUGCCGCACCGCAUCAAGGGUUACCUGCUGCGCUGCGAGCCCAAGCGCGACUUCCACUUCGUCUACCGCCCCCUGGACGGCGGCGGCGGCGGCGGUGGCGGUGGCGGGAGCCCGCCCUGCCUGGUGGUGCGGGAGCCCAACUUCCUGUGAGGGCGACGCAGGCGGGGCCGGGGGCUGCGGGGCGCUCCCCCGUCACCCCCAGGCGCACCUCUGGCCGCGCACCCCCUACAGCGACGCCCACGCAGCACAGGGACACGGGGCUUUCCACGACGUGCCCAGGCCAACGUCGUAGGACAGUUGUGAAAAUGUCAGGACGCGCGGCCAAGGCCAUCCCUGAGGGCGGGUCAUAGCACUGAGACACUGAGAGGCCGUGUUCUUCAUUAGACGGAAAGGGAAACCGAGGCUCAGAGAGGAGAGAGGCGCCCCGGGCCGCGGCCGCCAACAAACCCGCCCUCUUCACACGCAGCCCCUCCGGCCAUUUCCCCUGAGUCCCCCCACGCCCACGCCAUCCUCGGUCUUUGCAAGGAAGGGCCCGAGCUUAGUUUCCCAGGACUGGCCGAGGAAGCGGCGCCGGCCACAGCUGCUCCCCGUGCCCUCAGGGUGGACCCAGCAUCUCAGGAGUACCGCAGGGUGCGUGUUGAGACCCUCACCCCUGCCCCAGAGCCUGCCCUUAGCUCCCAGCGCCCCCAGACCUGGUCGUUCUGCGCCCCGUCGGAAGUCGCCAGACACAUGCCGGAGCGCCAAGCAAGACCAGCUCCAGGGACCCACGGACAAGCCCAGCCCCGCCUCAGGGAAAACUGACAGGGCCUUUCCCUGCAGCACGCCCCGGAGCCGUGGCCGAUUGCAGGAGCCAUCGUGUGGGGAGAAUUUAAUAAAAGCCCUUUUGAAAA